AUGGAAAAAGACAUAAAAUCACGUUUGAUUGAAUCAGUCUGUUCGAUAAAAAAGAAAAUUAAAAAUAUGAAAAAAGAUGAAGAACUGACUAAUUUAUCAGUAAACAAAAUUUUAAGACCUGUUGUUGAGCCGUUGCAUUCACUCCUUAAAAUUGAUAAACAUAUUCAAAAUACAAUAUCGCAAAAAGAGGAUGCUUCUAAAUAUGUAGGAAAUGCAAGUUCAGAUCAUGAAAAUUUAUAUAAAACUUCAGCUAGUUUAGAUGAAAUGGAUCCACCAAAUGUGUCUGAAACUUCUAAAAAUGAUGAUAUUAUUAAAAGUCCAACUAUGAUAAAUAAAGUUUUAGAGAGGUCGUUAAAAAAGAAUGAAAUUGCAGAUAUUUAUGACAGCUUAAAUGUACCAUUUGGCGUACGCAGCGUAGGUAGAGAUUUAUUCAUGGGGAAUUCAAAAGUCAAAUUAUCCACCCUAGUUAAUCCCAGCAAUAAUGAAAAAACUAAUUUGAUAAAUAUUGAAAAUAAGCAAUAUGAACUGUCAUCCGGUUUAAGAGAAUUAUUAUUUUGUAAAAAACCUAAUUUAACAUUAGUCACAGACAAAGAUCAGCUAAUAUAUAAGGAUAUGUUGUAUAAUACAUGUGCUCAUAGACGAGAUUACAAUCCGCAGGGACAAAUAAGAGGUGACAAAAGUAUAAAAUAUCGUGACAUUAUAAAACCUUUAUUUAAUGAAACUGAGCUAGAAAAUAAUCAAAAGUUUGGUUCUGUAAGAAAUAUAGAUGAAAAUAAUAACAUAUUUUCUUACGGUAAUGACGGUAAAAUAUUGCAUAUACCAUAUGGUAAUUACGAUUUGUAUGAUAUACUUGCAUAUUUAGAAAAAAAUUUAAAAGAUUGUGAGAUUAAAAUUCAACCCAAUAAUAAUACCUUAAAAUGUUCCAUAUAUUGCUCUGAAACACUUAACUUUAAUGUUAAAAACAGUUUAGGACCUGUCCUUGGUUUUCGUAAUAUAAAAUUAGAUGCAAACAAAUGGCAUGAAUCCGAAAAUCCAGUCAGAAUUCUACCGUUGUCUCUUAUAAGAAUCGAGUGUGAUCUUGUUAAAGAAUCAUUUGUUAACGGCUUACCAUCGCAUGUACUAUACGAAUUUGUGCCUGAUAUACCGCCUGGUUAUCGAUACAUAGAGGUACCCAAAAAUAUAAUUUAUUUACCAAUAAACAAAAAAAACAUAACAUCUAUAGCUAUAAAAGUUGUUGAUGAAGACGGUAAUAAUAUUGACUUCAGAGGAGAAAAUAUUCAACUGCGCCUCCAUUUAAGAAAAAUAAAA